AUUAUCUCCAAAGCCUUACCCCCUCUCUCUAUCACUUGAAACCUCAAUCUCUCUCUGGUUGACCCGAGAAUUUCUCUCGCAGACACACAGAUCUCUCCUCGAAUCCGCUAGAUCUGUUCGUUUUCGGACAUCUGUAUUGCGAAAUCUGAGAUCGGAAGAUUUCGUUCUCAGAUCUAUCCAUCUUAUCUCCGUACAGGUUCUCGUGUCUCAGAGUUGACGUAUGCUGUGUUUUCAGAUCUGGGUUGUUUGUAUAUCUAAAUCUUGUGUCGAGAAUUGGAGAUGGCGGAGACUCUCAAAGAAGAUUCGAUCAUGAUUCGAGAGGUUUGGAGCGAAAAUCUAGUUGAAGAAUUCGCAUUGAUCCGUGAAAUCGUCGACAAAUACAGCUACAUCGCUAUGGAUACUGAGUUUCCAGGGGUUGUAUUGAAGCCGGUCGCUACUUUCAAGUACAAUAACGACCUUAACUAUCGGACUCUCAAGGAGAACGUCGAUUUGCUGAAACUGAUCCAAGUCGGGCUAACAUUUUCCGACGAGAACGGGAACCUACCGACUUGCGGGACGGACAAGUUCUGCAUCUGGCAAUUCAAUUUCCGUGAGUUCAAUAUCGGAGAGGACAUCUACGCGAGCGAGUCCAUCGAGCUGCUGCGUCAGUGUGGGAUUGAUUUCAAGAAGAACGUUGAGAAAGGUAUCGACGUGGUUAGGUUCGGGGAGCUUAUGAUGUCUUCAGGGAUUGUUUUGAACGAUGCAAUCUCUUGGGUUACUUUCCAUGGAGGAUACGAUUUCGGGUACCUGGUGAAGCUGUUGACUUGCAAGGCAUUGCCUGUGAAGCAAGCUGAUUUCUUCAAGCUGCUUUACGUGUAUUUCCCCACGGUUUACGAUAUCAAGCACUUGAUGACUUUCUGCAACGGGCUCUUUGGUGGAUUGAACAGACUCGCUGAGCUUAUGGGAGUGGAGAGAGUUGGGAUUUGUCAUCAGGCCGGGUCAGAUAGUUUGCUCACCUUAGGCUCGUUUAGGAAGCUCAAGGAACGUUAUUUCACCGGGUCGACUGAGAAAUACACUGGAGUCUUGUAUGGUCUAGGUGUGGAAGAUGGUACUACUACUACUGUUGCUAAUUAAGAGAAGAAAAAAAGAAGCUUAAGUUUCAGGGGACUGGAUUAGAUUUUUCUUUAGUCUUUGUGAGUGUGAGACCAAUUAGAAUUCUCUCUUUGUGUAAAUUGGCAAAAAUUGGUUUUUAGUAAGUGACUGUUGUGUCUUCGUUGUUAAUUUCUUUUCAGGAAAACCCCCUUUUGAUCAAAAUGAGGGGGUUUUGUUUAGCUUUGAGUUUCUGAAUGUAUAUCAGUUCAGCUACCCGUUUCAUUAAUAAAUAAUCUCCAAUUAUAAUUA